CUGGGUCUGACCAAUGGCACUGCGGCGGUGGGCGGCGCCGUGCGGCUCCUUCACUGCGGCGCUGCAACCAACCAGCACCGAGCAACUCAGAAAUAUGGAUGGCAGGAAGAAACAAAUAUUCGGCUCUCCACCAGGCCUUCUCUGUAUGGAGUCAUAAACAUGUCCACUGAUGAUAGUAUCUCAGAGGAUGUGUCCAGUUCAGGAGCUUUGAGCCACUGCCCUGUCAGUGCAGAUGGGGAUGGAGGUAAAGAGAGUGAGACUUCUUUGGUGUCUUCUGAGGGGACCUCAGCCCCUGGUCUCUCCGUGUCUGAGGACAGACUCACAGCCUCACAUACAACUGGAGGCACUGUGCAGUGCCAACCCAUGGAUACACCAGCACUCCAAAACAUCAGGGACAUUUGUCUGAGCCCUGAAGUAUUUGGACAUGGAAAGAAUCUUCCUUUUAUAAAUCCAAGCUCCAUUGAGACGUUAAGAGCCCUGGUGCAGGAAAUACGAAGCAGUGGAGAGACAAACCCUGAGAUCUGGAAGGAUUGCGAGGGACGGUGGUUACAUCUUUUUCAGCUUGUUGAAAAGCAAUACCAAGAGCAAAUACUUGCUCAGCAAGAACAAUACCAGUGCCAAAUUCAGUUAAUUCAGGAUGAAAUUAAAGCUCUUGUUCAAAUCCAAAACCGCCAGGGUAGUUUUCAGCCUCAUAAAGAGUUUUCUACAGUUCCUAAGGCUAACGCGGGGGACCAUGCAUUGCCCCCAGUUAGUACUCACUGCUCAACUGGCAGCCUGGAGGUUGGAGAAGUCACAACAAAUGAACCAGCUAACACAGUGCUCAGUAGUGGUUAUGGGACUAUGUUUCCAUGGGAAGCCGGUAUUGAGACUUCAGAUGCCAAUGUCAGUCAAAAGAAACAUCCCAUGUCCCUAAACACUGAAGACAAAACCUCAUAUGUGAAUGAAUGUCAGCGGAAAUAUUCAAGUACAAAGAAACCUGGACUUGAGAGAGUGAGCCAACAAAUUAACCAGCAGCUAACGUCCAGCUCUAACCAGCAACUUACCUCCUGGGUGCAGAUGAACAAACUUAGGCCUAAGAGAAACAAGGCAGGGCCAUUGUCAAUGGUGGCUGCAGAAAGUGAGGAGUUACACAACAAACAUGUGGAAUCCCACCAGCUAAUCCAAUUUAAGAGUACAGAGUCACUAGACCAGAAUCAACCAGGUGGACUUUCCUAUGGUCUCAGGAGGAGCGAUAGUCUCAUUUCAGAGGCCUCAGGUCUGACCUAUUGGCGACUGCAUGAGAAUGAUCUGUAUCACCCUCUACCGGACAGCUUUGACAGUGGUGUACACCUUUCAAAAGAUCAAUCUAUGGGUUCUAUACCUUGUCAGCCAUCUCAACUGUCUUUGAAGGAAAUUUACUGUAACAAACAAGAAACAGAUUUCAAACGUGCAGACAGAGAUGGUUCUUGUAAAUCCACCGCUUUGUCUCCACAACCGCAAGCGCUGGCAUUAGACCACACUGUUACCACUCGACACUCGGAUCGUACUUCUGGCUUCACAUCUCCCUCUCACUUCAGCAGCCCUUCUUUCUCUACACCGUCUCAUCCUGGCCUCAGAGCUGAAACCCCCCUAACACCUGAUAGUCAUAAUCCUGGGGAAGUGGACUAUACCUCUGAUGCUUCCAGUAUUUGUGCAGCUCGACGUUCAACUCUGAAGAUGCAAGACCAAUGGGGUCUUUUUCCCCUGCCUGCCCCGCACAAUUCCUUUCAGCACCAAGCUCCUGUCCAGAGUGAACCAACACACCAGACAGAGGGGUCCUGUUCAGUUGAGGAUCCUGUCUUCCUUUCGUUACUAAGACAGAACCUGAGAGAGAAACACUCAAGACAUGUGGCUGAUCUAAAAGCCUACUAUGAAUCUGAGAUCCAAAAUCUUUUAGACAAACUUAGACUCAAAGACCUACCCAAGGACAUUGAAAAAAGCAACCAGGCACUCUCAGAAAGAUGCCAACAUCUGGAGAAGGCUUUGGCUGAGGCAACAAGUCGCAUUCAAGAACUUGAGACAAAUAACAGUUCUCUGGAGAAAAAGAUUACUGAAUGGUCUGAGCGGUAUGCUGUAGCUGCUGCCACUAUGAAGUCUUUGCAGAAGAGGCUGGAGGAAAACAAGCGCUCAGCAAAAGAGAGAGACACAAUUGCAGCCAAACUGAAGAGCCGAAUAAGGCAACUGGAAGAGGCAGCACAGAAGGCAGAAAGAGAGGCAAAUGAAAAUAGGACAAAGAGGGAGACGGAGUACAAGAUGCUUCAAGAUCUGCUGGUAGAAUAUGAUUCUCUGGUGAAAAAUCAUGAUGGCCUGAAGAGCAACCUGGCCUCAACAGAGAACAAGCUUGUUGAUGCCCAUGGCCAGAUAUCCGAACUAAAGAGAAUCAUUUCUAAGCUGGAGUCACAGGUGAAACAACUUGACCAUGAGAACCAGGCUAGAGUCCGUUAUUCUUUGCACAAUAACACACUCCCUUCUGGAGCGGGCCUAUUUCACCAUCCUGAUCUGCUUCUGUCACCAACUAAAAGGAAUGCUCAGCCAGAUGUUAUACACACUUUCUCCCAUUCUCCAAUAGAACAGAUGAAUGAUGGAGCAAAGUCACUCGCAACAAUACAAUCAACAAAAUCUGCAUAUAAGAAGUGUGAUCAUUUGUCAUCAGGAAAUGAGAAUCCUGUUGACAUUACAACUGGUGGAAGUUGGAACCCAGAUUGUGUGCCACCCCAGCCACAGUUGAGACUUCAAGACGUUUCCCGAAAAUCAGGCUCAAGUUUUAUUACCCCCAUGAUGAGAGCCCUAAUUGAACUGGAGGAGACCCAAGCCACUCAGAGUCGUGCACCUUGGGUGGACAAUUCAAAGUCCACUGUUGGAUUUGUGGAGCGAAGACUCAAAGUGCCAAUACAAGAGCAGGACAUCCUUCAAGAUUUGGCUAAACCUCAUAAACGAGUGGAAAAAGACAGAGUCAGAGCUCUUCAGAGAAGUCUAUCCCCAGAGAGUCAUAGGUCAUCCUCUUUGCCUCCUCCAGCUCAACGCAACAUGCCACUCCCAAAUACGCCCUCAAAAAGAGAGACUCUACUUAUGCCCUUGUCUGCAAAAUCCAGUCCAAAACGCUGCCCUACUGAGAACUUCUCUACUGCUUUUGGUCACUUGAUGCCCAGAGAGGAACAUUUGCAGCACAGCAGCCCCAGGAAAAAGCUUCUCUUCUCAUCAGCAGAUACUGAUCAUGGACAACAUCCUUCAGAUUCUCCAGGUAAUGUGCAGCCUUCUGAAGUAAACCGCCAGCAGGACUGGGAUGAGCGGCGGAACAGUACCUGGGAAGAGGACACAAGAUCACCCCGUUUGGACAGGCAGCUGUCCCUGUCUGAGGCAGAGAGGCUGUUUGAUGAGCUCACACAGGAGAAACUGCAGAUUGAGGCAGCACUGAGUCGGAUGCCUGGAACAGGCAGGCAGAGUCUACAAACAAGGAUAGAUGAGGUGGCCUUGGAGAAUCGCCUGGAGAGACUGAACCGGGAGCUGGGAUCUCUUCGCAUGACUCUGAAGAGAUUCCAUGUCCUUCGCUCUUCGGCCAACUUAUAACAAUGGCACUUUUUAAAAUAUAAUAUGGAUGUGACAGUUUAAAGACUCAGUAUGUAACUUCAUUUACCAAAAAAUGGACUAAAAAAAAAACAGGUUUUGUUUUUUGCCUUUUUGUUGUUUCUAUGGAUCUGAAAAACAUAGAAAAAACAUGAGUGCAUCUGUAAGUGGGCUUGCAUCUUCUCUUCCUGCUUGUUUCCCUGGAAAUAUGAACUUUUGGAUAUAAUCUUCCACAGUAUGGCAUAAACUGUAUCUCCACAAUGAAUGGUUUUAACAUUCCGUUUCCAUGGAAUCAUGCAGGUGAUGUCCCACCUCCAGAAAAUUACAUACUGUUCCUUUUAAUGUCAAAAUUGAAUGUCAAUCUGUAUAAUAAGCCAUUUUUAUACAUUUUACUCUGGGAUUUUUUAUGUUUAAAAUAUAUUUUUGGAGUGCAUUUUGUAUGACCCUGAAUUCUAAUGUAACAUACUUGUGUCACUGGAAUUUUAAUAAUAACUUCAUAUUUUCAUGAUGACACGUUUCAUAGCCAUUUCACUGUAAAUUUCAAACCUUUUGGAACAAUGUCACUGCCAUUAUGAUUACCGGUAUGUCCUUUUUGCUUUUAGUGUGGUAGCAUUUUGCUUUUUUAUUGUACGAAUUCCGCAGAUUUUUCCAUUUUAUAUUUUCUUUUUAAGGUAGUUGUUGCUUUUAUUAUUUUUUAUGUACAUUCCAUAAAACAUUCCUCAAGUGCUUUAAUCCACAAGCAGCACAUGCACUUUUGACGCCACUGUCUUUUGUUAUUGAUGCUUAUGCAUGGACUGCUUUGCAUCUUUUGUAAAAUAAAGUCAGAUUAUUAUUAGGACAUAAUUUAAAUGGAACUAUUACACUGUUAUUGCACAACGAGUAAACAUGAUGGUACUAUUAUAUAACAUUGUGUUGAAUAAAUAUUGUGCAUAAACGUC